GCGUUUAAUGGGCGACGGCUGAGCUGGAAAAAACAGACAGAAAAGAGCGAAGGCCUGAAGACGCAGGACGGGCAGAAAAAGCCGCAGAAACCGUCAGAUCAGAGCUGGAUCCAGUCCGUCAUUGACUAUCCAUGAGUGUGGACGCGGAAACAUGGCGGAUCGCUUGUUGUCGAUGCGUUUGAUCAGCAGUUUCUAUUAAUAGCAGCUCCGGAGUGAGUGAGACCGAGAUCACCCUGUCAUUACAGCCUGUCUGCACUCUCUCAACCCCCGGGGAUCUGGACUGAGUGAGGAAGAGGAGGAGAGAAAGAGAGAUCCAGAGGUGGACGUGUGUGGAAUGCAGCGCUCAGGAUGCUGCCGCCGAGCCGCCCGUCACCCGUCGGAGCCCCUGAGGGACGCGUGUGGCCCCCGGCCCCGUUCACACAGAGAGAGGAAGUAGACGUGACCCGCUGACGUCCCGCCCCUCCAGGUCUCGGGUCUCCGCCCGUGUCGGAAUGCUGUGGUUGGAUCGGAUGGGCAGCGACGGAGAUGGACGGACUGAGGGGUUAGGCUCGGGGUCAGAGGGCAAAGCAUUAUGGAAAACCUAAUGCGCCGAUGCUAGAGUGAAGCCCGGGGAUCUUCUGAGCGAUUCCUCUUAACACUGAACUGUUCAGAACGUUUUAAUUAUUAAAGAAAGAAAAAGAAACGUUUUAUAUUUUUAAUAAUAAGAGAGCUCAGCGACGGCAGCAUGCGGCACAUCCACGUGGAGCCGGUACGCAAGGAGGCGCAGGCCGGGGACACGCCUCCCUCCAGCGACCCCCAGAUCAGCGUGGACCCCCGGCCCCUGGGGCCCCCCAGACCGCUGAACCAGGAGGAGCUCCGGCUGCAGAAGGUCUAUCAGCUCUCCAUCUUCUCCCAGAGAGGAGGCUUCAGAGGAGGCGCCAAGCGGAGCAGAGAGGAGGCGCCCGGCACCGUCGUCUCCCCCAAACGCCUCCUUCAGGACGAGGAGCAGGAUGAUGAUGACGAGGACGAUGAAGAAAUGGAAAUGGAGGUGCCUCUCCCCACCAAGGGCGCUUUCGCCCCUCUGUCCCCAAAAUCACCUCCCACGACGGACCCUCAGAACCCCCCUCCCGACCCUCUGGAACCUUUACACCCCACUUUAACCCCUACUGAGGCAGCGGAGUGGGGGGCGGGAAUCGAAAAGACCCCGCCCCCGUCAGAAAGGAUCCCCCGCCCGCCCUCGCCCCCCUCCUGCUCCAACGGGGCGGGACCGUCGGAGAGGAACGGCGAGGUGAAGAAGAAGAAGCUGCUGUCCUUCAGCGACGUGGCCGACUCGUGCUCGGAGGACGAAGGACCGUCCACGUCCAAACGCAGCCGCCUGGCGCUCACGCCCGGGAUCGGACUGGCACCGGGGCGCAGCACAGACUCCAAGGGCGCCCCCUACUGGACACACCUCCUGCCCACGGCCAAGGAGCAGAGCAAGAGUUCUGCUGAGUGUUCCCGGUCAGCGCGGAGGUUGAAGGCCAGCACUCGCCUCAAAUCUCGUCAGCUGCGCAGUGGGCGUCGGACCGACACCAGCCGUCUGUCCGGUUCAUCGUUAGCCGUUAGCAGGUCGCUGUUGGGGAACUUUGAGGAGUCGAUCCUGAAGGGCAGAUUCUCUCCGUCGGGGCAGAUCGAGGGCUUUACGGCUGAAAUUGGGGCGAGUGGCUCCUACUGUCCCAAACACGCCACCCUACCUGUACAGGUGACCUACUACGACACGUCCGAGCACAGCGCACCCUCGCCCUUCCUGGGUGUGAUCUCCCUGGAGCCUUUAGGGAAGAAAGGAUAUAGCGUACCCAAAGCAGGGACCAUUCAAGUGACCUUAUUCAACCCCAAUAAAACCGUAGUGAAGAUGUUCCUGGUGACCUACAACUUCGGCGACAUGCCCGUCAAUCACAUGACCUUUCUGCGCCAUCGCAUCUUCCUGGUGCCUGUGGAGGAGGGGGCGGAGUCGGAGGGGUGUUUACAAAGCUCCGCCCCCGACAGGAAGAAGAUUCUAUGCUACCUGAUUCACCUUAGAUUCCAGAGCUCUAAGUCUGGAAAGAUUUACUUGCACGACGACAUUCGGCUGCUAUUCUCCCGGAAAUCCAUCGAGGUGGACGCAGGGAUUCCUUACGAGCUCAAGUCCUUCACCGAGGUGCCAAGAAACCCCAAAUACUCACCGCGGGUGUGACCCCACCGGGACGGACUACAGGAGGAACCACGCCCAUCAUUAACACACGCUACACCAGAACAGUUCAAUCGUAACACACACGGACCGGAGUGAGGACAGGAAAUACAUCACCACGUGCUCCUGCUUAAUCCCGCCCACUAGGAAACUAUCAUCCAGUGACCGGACAUGUUUGUGUUUGUGGAGAACGGAACAGAUCUGAUGAGGACUGCAGUGAUUCUCCGGCAUUGUAGCCGCAUGAUAGUUCGAGCACAUUUUGAAAACGAUGUGGGCGGGGCGGGAAAUAUGGGCGGGGUUUAGAAUCGGAGCGUGUUAAUUAACUCGUUUAGUUACGAUAAACAAACCGACCCGGGGGCAGAAACGCUACAGAACUGGACUUUAAUCCUGAGUGAGAUAUUACCGGCCUCUACAGUCCAGCUUCAAUACUGCAGGAACAGACAGUAGUAACGGCUCAGACAGGCUAGCAUGACGUUAAAGGUUUUAUGUUUAGAAGGUUAGCAAUAUUAACGUGUGACGAGCUUAGCUGGGUAAUUUAGCGACAGUAUCACAAUUUUAACAUUAUUCAGCAUUGGUUACUGCCACCUAGAGGCCGAGUAUAGUACUGCAACAACAAACUCUUCAUUAGUAAACAUUAAAAACACACACGUACACAUACAGACCCGCCUUCAGCGUCAACAACGACAAAAGGCGAUGCUUUUUUUUUUUUUAUCUCUGACCCUUUUUAUUGACCCCUGAAAAACAGAAAAAGAAAUGCUACGUAAACGUACAAUUGUUUGUUUGAAGUGUUAGCUAAUUAGUUAGCUAGUAAACAGCUUUAACUACCCAUUUGAUCGUGUUUUCCUGCUGUUAGGUGAUAAAAUUCAAAAUUAGAAACAAUACAUUUAAAAUUUCAAGAAAUUUGACUCUUUAAUCAAAAAUUGCUGCCACCUACAGACCAGCGUCGGUACUGCAGUAACAAUGGCGACAGUCUUUAAGAAGAAACGACUUCGUGUAAACAUAUAGAUUUAUAACUCGGCUUUAAUAACUCGUUCUGUCAUCGUGAACAUGAAUUAUUGGAUGUUGCCUUCUACAGGCUGAUUUAAUUAUUGCAACAAUGCAUCACGUUUUUUAAUAGCAGUAAUACGAUGUUCGAGGUUAAUUAUUUUGAGCAUCUCUGAUAGGCCUUAGCAGCUAUCGUCAUGAUUCCAGUACAAUAACGAAUCAGGAACUGUGCCCUCUACAGGCCGGUUUCUGAUCUGCACUUUAAUUAGCGAGGUUACGCUUAGCGUUUGCUAUAAUAACACUCAUGAAGCGGUGAGUCCAGAUUUUGUGGCGUUUGCUCCCCCUACAGGAAGCAGCCGGUAGUGUUUCAGUUCUGUAUAGACGGGAGAGUAACGCGGUGCACAGGCAGAGGGGCGCGUGGGAUUUAUUUUUCUGGAGGU